AUGGCAUCCAACGGUUCGAAUGACGCGACGGCGAAAGAGACCGAAGCCGCGCAGGAGUCCUUCAAGCGCUACGUCGAGCCGGUGCGAGUGUACAACACCAUCAAGAGCAGGAUGCAGAAGAACCCGCUCUUUCUCACGCGCACGGCGAGGUAUACCAAGCUUUAUGCGAGCAGAAACGGCGCUGACGAGCGCGCCGAACAGUCACGCGAUGGAUCCAACACGAACGACAACGCAUCGAACGUCGACGUCGUGUACGCGGUGCUGUGCAUGGAGCGCGACGCGUCGGAGGGCACAGCUGGCGCCGACGAGGAUCCUUCGGUCAAGGCGGCGGAUCAAGCCGCAAACGCAAACGACGACGCGCCGUCGGCUCGGUCGCCCGCCGCGGACCCUUCGGACGAUCGCGCGGGUCCCGGCGCGCCGAUCGUCGCGCCAUCGGACCCACGCGCCGGCGCCGCGAUCGACGGUGGGGACCCCACGCACGCCGGUGCUCAUGACGAUGUCGAUGACGACGACGCUCGUUUAAACGCCGCGAUCAACCUCUCGCUCGGAAAAAGCGCCGGUUCGGACGCGCGCCGAGAUUCCGGCGUUGACGUCGCGGCUGACGCCAAGGCUACGGCGCUCCAUCGGACGAUGCUCCAGUGCCGCAGGAUCAAGGUGGCGCCGGGUGAGGAGUUUGACGGGACGCCGGAUGCGGUUUUCGACCACCCGGAGCUUUCGCGCGAGCGAGCGAGGUUGGCGAAGAUUGGCGAUAAAAGUAUCCCACCAUCGGAGACUGCCGCGCGACCGAAGCUGACGGUGGCGUUCUUGACGUGGGAACGCACGAACGGGCUCGGCGGGUUGUUGUGCGGGCGUAAAUCCGUCGGACGACGAAACAAGUGCGCGCUGCUUCCGCGACGAAGAAGGAGCGGGAAGAAGGAGGGCGAAGGGGUGGAUGACGUCGCGGAGGUCGGGGCGCUGGGGCUCGUUCCCUCGGGCGCGCGAGUGCACCUGGCGCUCGAGGUGUCGCUGGACGAUAUCCUGCGGGUGCCGACGGAACAACGGGACGGGGAUAUCGUCGAGGGGAUCAAGGAUCAUCGCGCCAUCCAGCCGUAUUCCCCCGUCGGCGGCGACCGUCUUCGGACGCUUCGGACUCUCGGGAACCCCGGCGAUUCAGGCUCGGGAUCGGUCCCCGUCGUUUUCGAGAGCGUCACCGCGGUCUUCGAGGACUCGCCGCCGGAUGCGGCGAUGGAUUCGUCGAACGGCCGGUCAAUCAGUGACUUGCGCAUGUCCGAUGCCGACGCGCAGGUGCAACCGUUCGUGGAGUUUGAGCUGAGCUGCUUCGUGCCGCCACGCCGCGACGUGGACCCGACGCCGCGGCUGCCGGGCGAGCCGAGGGUCAAGGGCAGGGUCGUGUUUCACUACCUGUACCACAAGCGGCGGAUGCGAAAGACGGAGCUCACCGUGGGUUUCACGUGCCCGUUCUGCACGUGCGUCAACAGGGACUUUGCCGGGCUGUCGCAACACCUGGAGGCGUGCCACGACGCGUUCAACUUUGAAUUUUUACCAAAGGUGCAGAACGAGCCGGACCCGAGGGUGCACGUCGUGUGCAAGAGCGAGUUGGAGGAGGAGGAGGAGAAGGCGGGCACGCGGGCCGACAAGGACUCGCAGCGACGGCAAGAGUCUGAUUGGUUUCACGGUCAAGGCGGGUGGUUCGUGCAGUCCAAGGCGAAGGUGCAGAUGACCCACCACGAGCUCAACGAUCGGGGAGGAGUCGUUCGCAAGGAGGUGUCGCCGGCGUCCGCGGACCGGGAGUUUGUCUACGCGUCCAGCCGGUAUCGCAUGCCGAGUUGGCUGCGACGGCAGCGAUCCACCCAUCGGCAGACCGCACUGGACAUCGCCAAGGCGGCGCGGGAGGAGGAGAAGCAACGCCGCAAGGCUCAGAGGAACACGCAAAAACACGCGACGCAAGAACAAAGGCUGUUGCCCAACACCCUAAAGCUGCCCCGCGCGCAACUCGAGCAGAUUCAGCGGCAACAGCAGUCCGGGGGGUACAGGCUCGCCGGCGACCUCGGGGGGAUACUCAACCCGCAGGUCCACCCCGGCCUGUUGAACCACAUCAUGCUCAACCAGGCCGGCGGCGGUCAGCUGGGAAUCCACAACGGGUUGCACAACCUGCAGGGUCUGCACGGGCUCGACCUCGGCGGUCAGAUCGGCGGCCUCGGCGUGGGGGCGCUUGGCGGCGGGCUCGCGGGGGCCGGAUACGGCCUGAACCUCGGCGGACUCGGACUAUCGCACCAGCAGCAGCUCCAGCAGCAGCUCCUGCUCCAGAGGCACCACCAGCAACAACAACAGCUGCAGCAGCAGCAGCAGCAGCACUUUGGCCGCGACCAAAUAAUCCGAGCUUGGGUCGACGCUCGGCUUCGCGGCGUCGAGCCCAUCUCGCUGCGGAGCAGGCUGGGCAUCACGCAGCUCGAGAUGGAGGCUGGCGACAAGAUGGUACGCAAGCUUCGAGGCGAGUUGUCGGUCAUACAACAACAGCAGCAGCAACAACAGCAACAACAACAACAACAACAACAACAACAACAGCGACAACAGCGACAACGACAACGACAACAACAACGACAACAGCAACAACGUCCCCUGGCGACGGCGGUGUGGCCAGCUUCGAGGUUAGCCGCGGCGGCCAAAUUCAAGACCCGCGGCGCUCCGGCUCCAAAGUGGACUCUGGGGGACGACGCGGGCGCGCUGAUCAACCUGUGCGACGACAACGACGACGACGACGACGUGUUCGAGCACGACGAGCGGAUGAACCACAGGCGCAAGAUGCGGGACCUGAACGAGGUCACGAGGGCGGCGCCGCGGCGGUACAAGAGGAUGGAGAAGUGGUCGCGACCGGCGGCGGCGCCGACGAGACCCGAGUCGGACGCCGGACGCUCGAGCGGGCUCGAUUACCUCACGGAGGCUGCGACGAAGGAGGGCGGCGGCGGCGGGGGUGGACGCGGCGGAAAACGCGACGGAACGUCGUUCGGUCCGCCCCUCGGCGACGAGGACGAGCGACCGAAGGAUGCAGAACGUCGGGGUCGACCGAGGGGUCAAACCGGAUCGAAGCGAAGCCGCGACGGGAAAUCGGAACGAGGCGUCGCCGCGCUUUUGCCGGCUUCGAGGACCCAGGCCAAGCGGGGUAAAUCGUGCUCGAGCAAGGGGAUCAUCGGUGCGCACUACGACCUCGUGGAGGACCCGUCGAAGCCGGCGGAAUUCGGCGGCGUCGGUCCCCCGGGGACGUUCUAUCACGCCAAGACGUGCCUCCCGGUUGAGCGAAACAAAAACGUAAACGUCGGCGCCCAAACUCCCGACGAGGACAGCGACGACGACGAGGACCUUCACGCGUGGGCCAAGGAGGACCUAAGGCACCUGUCGGACUUUGAGGACGUGGCACCGCUGGAGAAGAGGUUCAUGCACGACUGGAACGUGUUCGUCAGGAGGUUCAGGCCGUGCGCGGAUAAGGAGGUUCCCGACUGCCUGUCGGCGUUUGCGCGGUUCAAGGGCCGGGAGCUGGCGGGGAACCGGCAGCUGAGGCGGCUGUUCACGCUGCACCUGGUGAACGCGUACGACUUUGGGGUCAUCGAGGCGAGGGUCAUCGACGACGUGCUCAAGGUUGUGGAGGAGCAGAGGGGAGACGUGAAGCGAUGAAGGAGCCGCUCGUAGUCUGUUCACGCGCGACUUGAGAAUAGAAUUCAACUCAUCAGACGG